AUGGCUGGUAUUACUCCACGACAUCAUGCAAAUCUUGAUAGCGCGCGCUGGAAACUUCAGAAAACCCACCAACAUGCAUCACUCUAUUCGGAACGCAUUCGACGCGUACGUACGGACCUUUAUCUUCCUGGAGACAAUUGGCAGGAUCCGAAGGUAUUGAUGAUGAGUGGUACGAUUCAAUCACCCCUGGAUGAUGUCAUGCUUGGCAUGGCAAUUCCCACGUUUGAAGCUCUAAAAAUUUGCAUGUCAACGCUUGGAAACCGAGAAACUGGUGGCGUUUGCCUGCGAAACUUGUUGGACCGACGAACAAGAAACCGUUAUAGAAUUCAUCUAGUAUUUUGCUUGGUAAGUCGGCUGCCGUGGCUUGUAAGUAAAGUGGUGAAACCUCGAGACUUUCUGCUUCUUUCGACGUCAGGGAUCAUUACGACGGCCGAUGGCGAGCGAAUUGGUUAUGAUUUGCUGCAACCGGCACCACUUCCACAAUACGGGAAUGUUGAUAUGUAUGUCCAGCAAUAUGUGGAGGCGCUAGGCAGUGUGAUUGAAUCGUUCGUCAUCAACCACACUUGGCAAGCUUUCUUUGGCUUUCUCAGCUCUCCACUGCUUUUUGAGCAUAAGAGACUACGGUGGUGUAUUGCCAAUACGAGCAACGCCCGUCGAAGAUGGCUGGCAAACACGGGUGAUUCAAUGAGUUGUGUUCUGUGCUCUGUGGCUUUUGAUCGAGCUGUCUAUAGUCGCGGCAAUGACCAGCAAAGCUGUGUACUUUGCUUAGCUUCAGUGUGUUCGCAUUGUCGUGAAGAACGAGUGUUUAAGGUGCUGGAGCGACAGCCAAAGAAGAAACAUAUGUCAAUUACGAAGAGACAAGUGCACGUUUGUCGACCGUGCCUGGAGUUUGUUCGAAGACACAAACCAGCGGAUAUUGCAAGACAUAACAGCAUGAUGGAUCGGUUAACUCCAGCUUCUAAUUCUACAGGAGACGACAACGAUUUCAGAAAAUUAUCAUGGGGACUUCUCGACAGCGAUUCAAUGCCCACGUGGUCGCCGAGUCGAUCCUUGUCUAUGCCGCGUAAUUCACCAGAGUCAUUUGGCUAG